AGAAAGAGAAACACCGAUGAUGUUGGGUUCCGGGCACACGCGCACUCCUCCAGCGCUUGUUCCACACUCUCCAUCCGCACUAUUAUCUUUUCCUUGACCCCAGUGUGAUCCGAGAUUCUCUCUCUCUCUCUCUCUCUCUUUCCCUCUGUCGCUUAGAAAUCAUGAGAUCAUAGUCUCUCUCUCUCUCUCUCUCUAUCUGGUACGUUGUGCAAGAAUGAAAAUUUAGUGGAGGUUCAGGAAGAAGCAGGAGCCCAGAAGCAGAUAGUUUUGAUGUGAAAAAAAGCUCUCUGCUUUUGGGGUUUCUACAUCUUGAAGAAAAAUGUUGAUGCGAGGAGAUUUUGAUCUGAAUUCGAUGCAACCGUAUACUGGUUCUCUGAACGAUGUCUUGAGGAACACUAUGCUCAACCAGGAUCUGGUAUUUAAAGACCAGGUUCAUGAACUCCACCAUCUAUAUAGGACACAGAAGAUGCUGAUGCAGAAUCUCGACGGAAAAGAGUAUCAUAGAUACAAUGUCAGCAAGGCGAGUGCUCAGUCAAAUCUGUCGCAUUGGACAAAUUCUAUGAUAGAUGAACCAAGGGACUUGUUUGAAGGACGCAAGAGUACAUGUGAUAAGAUUCAGCCGAGGCCUCUUGGUCUUAAGCAUCCCUUAGAUCCGCUCAACAAACAUAUUGAUCCAGCGGAGCUGAAGCUUUCCCUGAGAAUUCAAGAGGACAGCAGGAGGGAGGGAAGCACCAAGAGAAAUUGGUUUGGUGUAGGAUCUCAUUCUUCCUCACCCAUUGUGAUUGAUUUAGAGGAAGAUGAAAGUGACUGGAAUCCUUUCAAUAAAGGAUUAAAUAGGUGUUCUGGUGGCAUCUCAAUUAACAAGUUAUCCACCAGGAGCCAACAGUUCAGUUCAUAUGAAGCAGGGCUUCUGGACCUUAAUAAAACCCAGCCCGAUGAUUCAUCUUGUCUCUCCAAUGAUCCUACAGUAGUCCAUCCUUCAACAGCCAGCUCAUCGCAUGCUUUCCGUGGGUUGGCUGGCAAGAUAAAAGAGGGCACUGUUUGUUUCACUGCUGAGAAAAAGGAACAUGGUGGAAAUUUUUCUUCCUUGAAUUCCACCAGGGAAAAUGAGAAAACAGAAUACCUGGGCAGGAGUUUGGAAGUUGAUGGAUUUAGAGCAAGUGAAAUGGACCGUGCAAGUUUGGAGGCAGCUGUGUCUAGAUCCAAAUCAGACAUUUGUGAAGCAGUUGGCUGCAACAGCACUGACCCCAAAAAUGGAAGUGAUGGGUUCAUCCUGAAACUUCUAAACAGUCGAACUCAUUCAUGUGCAGCUUCUAAACAAGCAAACUCGGAGAACACCAAAGUAGAAGACCCUGUAUUUCCAUAUUCUGGUCAUAGUAAAAAAACAGAUCAAGAUGGACAUGGCAAUAUAUCUUCUUCGGCAAGUAAGCCGUGCUGCAUUGGUGAUAAUGAUUCCAGUAGUGUGAAGACCAUACUAUCUGAGGUUGAGUUCGGAAACUCAAACCCUUUUUCUUCCGAUCAGUUUUCAGCGACACAUGUAGGAUCUCAAGUUUCGGAAACUUUAUUGGGUGAGCAGGACCAAAGAUCUUCCGACAGCAGUGAAUCUAAACACAAAUGCAUCAACAGGGAAGAAGAAUCAGCUGAAGUGGAUGCUUUGACCAGCGAGGCAGCUGAAGCACUUCUUGGAAUGUCAUUGGAGAGCUCCUUUUGUUAUCAAGAUUCUGCUGGCAAAGUGGGAGAAUCAAAUAAGGUCGAAAAGGAGAGUGAGAAACCACAGUAUUCUUGUGAUUUUUUUGAGUUAAUGACACUAACCCUUAUGGAGAGCAAUGUGGAUGACUAUUCUGUGUCAUCAAAUCCUUCUGAAGUAAGUUUCACAGAAAAUAAGGAUGUCGGUUUAAAGUUCAGAAGGGGAAGGAGAUUGAAAGAUUUUCAGAAGGACAUACUUCCUGGUCUGGCAUCUCUUUCCAGACAUGAAAUUCGCGAAGAUAUAAACAUUAUGGAGGGAGUUUUAAGGUCAAGAGAGUACAAAAGAUUACAAGCCAAAAUGGCUGAUGGUCACGGCUGGUGUACUCCCGUCAGAAACAAACGUUCGAGACUGAACCAUGUUACGCGGAGGAAAAAAUUCUUAUGAGAAGAUUUUGGUGAAGACCGAGAUUUGAACAAGUAUCAUCUCUGUAACCAUUUACUGCAUAUAACUUUUAGCUAGUAUCAUUUAGUUAAUUUCGAUUACACGUUCUGAUCUUAGUUUUAGUGCUGGUAAUUGGAUAAAGGUUUAUCUCACAAGACACGUAACUCAUGAUUGUAGUCCUUUGUUUCUUCA